CCGGGGCGGGGCCUGCGCGGGUGCCGGCUCCGUGUCCGGCAGCGGCGCCACUCGGCUGCGGCUCGUCGCCGAAGCAGGCAUUUGAAGCUGUGUGGAGGCGCCUGGAAUCCAGCUUUUGGAGCCAAAAAGACCUGAAACCGAAGCCGGCCCCCACCCCCGAAUUUUACUGAUGAAGAGGCUGGGUCUGCAGAGCUAGAGUGACUGCCCGCAAGGUCGCCCAGGUGCUGCCCGAGGGAGGGUCAUGCUCACAUUCAUGGCCUCUGACAGCGAGGAAGAAGUGUGCGAUGAGCGGACGUCCCUGAUGUCAGCCGAGAGCCCCACACCACACUCCUGCCAGGAAGGCAGGCGGGGACCCGAGGAUGGAGAAGGUGCAGCCCAGUGGGGAAACCAGGACAGCGAGGAGGACUGUGAGGAAGACCCCGAUCCCUACGCCUGCAGUGGGGCUCCCGGGCGGCCACCAGGUCUGGAGGAGGAGCUGACCCUCAAAUACGGAGCCAAGCACGUGAUCAUGCUGUUUGUGCCGGUCACACUCUGCAUGGUCGUGGUGGUGGCCACCAUCAAGUCCGUGCGCUUCUACACAGAGAAGAACGGACAGCUCAUCUACACCCCCUUCACCGAGGACACGCCCUCAGUGGGCCAGCGCCUCCUGAACUCCGUGCUGAACACCCUCAUCAUGAUCAGCGUCAUCGUCGUCAUGACCAUCUUCCUGGUGGUGCUCUACAAGUACCGCUGCUACAAGUUCAUCCACGGCUGGCUGAUCAUGUCCUCCUUGAUGCUGCUGUUCCUCUUCACCUACAUCUAUCUCGGGGAGGUGCUCAAGACCUACAACGUGGCCAUGGACUACCCGACUCUCUUCUUGACUGUCUGGAACUUCGGGGCAGUGGGCAUGGUGUGCAUCCACUGGAAGGGGCCUCUGGCGCUGCAGCAGGCCUACCUCAUCAUGAUCAGCGCCCUCAUGGCCUUGGUGUUCAUCAAGUACCUCCCUGAGUGGUCUGCCUGGGUCAUCCUGGGCGCCAUCUCUGUGUACGAUCUUGUGGCUGUGCUGUGCCCCAAAGGGCCACUGAGAAUGCUGGUGGAGACGGCCCAGGAGAGGAAUGAGCCCAUAUUUCCUGCCCUGAUAUACUCCUCUGCCAUGGUAUGGACAGUGGGCAUGGCCAAGCUGGACCCCUCUUCCCAGGGAGCCCUGCAGCUCCCCUACGCACCAGAGAUGGAAGACGACUCCUACGACAGCUUUGGGGAGCCCUCACACCCUGAAGUCUUGGAGCCCACGCUGCCUGGCUAUCCCGGGGAGGAGCUGGAGGAAGAGGAAGAACGUAAGUCCAGCUCUGUGCUGUGGCCCAGGAGUGCAGUGGAGGAUGGCCCAGGUCCUUGGGCCCUGCAUGGAAGGGAGGAGGAAGCACCUGGCUCCUGGCUUCGAAUCGGCGCAACGCACCGGCCACAACACGCCGGCCAUGGUGGCCACUUGGGGGGUGAACCAAUGGAAAAAAGGAAGACCUUUCUCUCUGUCUCUCUCACUAACUCUGCCUGUCAAAAAAAAAAAAAAAAAAUCUAUUUAUCUAUCUAUCUGAGAAGCAGAGUGACACAGGGCUAGGGAAAAGUCAAUCUUCUGUUUCUUGGUUUAUUCCCCAAAAUGAGCACAACAGGCAGGUCUGGGCCAGGCCAAAGUCAGGAGCCAGGAACUGCACCUUGGGCCAACUUCUGCUUUCCCAGGCACCUUAGCAGGGAGCUGGGUGGGAAGUGGAGCAGCCAGGACUCAAGGGCACUCCAAUAAGGACCAUCGUAAGUGGGGGCCUAGCCCACUACACUAUAAUUCCAGCCCCAAAACAUUUUAUUUGUUGGUUUCUUUGCUCAGCCAAACGCCCAGCACUGGUGUGACUACUAGCUUUCCUCUGACCAGAAUCAUCCAGGCCAUGGGUCCUCUCACUGUCCCUCUGGUGGCCACUCUUCAUGGGUGUCCCUACCCAGCUGAUACUUGAGUCCUGGAGAGCUGCUGGGUAGGCAUGCUGUCCCAUCCGGCCUCUUGUCCCCUUGGGCUGGGCAGGGCAGGGCACCUGGCUUUCUUGGCUGGUGUGGUCCUCUCAGCCCUCUUUUCUCCUGUUUGCCCUGGGGCUUCUGGGACAGACAC